AGUCCAUCCACAUCCAAACAGGGCCAGCCAGAACUGGGAAGUCACACCGCCUGGCUGCCGACCGAGAGCAAACACGGGUCCGCCAGAUAGGAUAGAUCGAGUGACAUAGUUACGUCGACGACGUCCUUGCGCAGCAGCAAGUUUCCUUAACUAAUUAGUUGUUGUUGUUGAGCGAGCGCAAGCGAUCCGAGAAGGAGGAGUUUGGGAAGCGCAGUGCACGGCCGAGCUAUGACAGCGGCAGAUCGCAUUCGGCGACCGAUCGACCCUGCGGGCGCCGAUUAAUGCUCGUGUGCUUCCAAAAGUUGUGCUUCUCUCCGCGCAGGGAGCAGGACGUCGUCGAGACGGCGGCGCCUCCGAGACAGUCUCCGAAAAUCACCCUUCAAGUGAAUAACUCGACGUCGCCGCAGCAGCAGCAGCAGGACGCAGCGAUGGCGACCGUGGCGGCCAGCAGGGCGGCCAAUCUGAACACGGCGGCCGCGGCCACCGGCAACAACAACAACCUGGACGUGCAGGCCCUCCUCACGGCCAAGGAGGAGCGCAUCAAGGAGCUCGAGCACCAGCUUCGGCUGCGGGACGAGGAGAUCCUGCAGCUCAGGUCGCACCUGGACAAGUUCCAGAGCGUGUUCCCGUUCCACGCCGGCUCGGCCGUGGCGGCCGCGCGACCCCGCAAGCAGCGGGCCCAGGGCAUCUCGGCCGAGCCGCAGAGCCUCAGCACCAUCCAGGAGCUCAACCAGCAGAAGUUCCCCGUCUUCCAGAAGAAUGACAGAUCGCGCGAACUCAUCAAAGCCGCGAUCCUGGACAAUGAUUUCAUGAAGAAUUUGGAAAUGACGCACAUCAGCGAGAUCGUGGACUGCAUGUACCCCGUCGAGUACCAGGCAGGCAGUCUCAUCAUCAAAGAGGGCGAUGUCGGCAGCAUCGUCUACGUCAUGGAAGAGGGCCGCGUGGAAGUGUCGCGAGAUGAGAAGUAUCUCAGCACUCUGGCCCCGGGCAAAGUGUUUGGCGAACUGGCCAUUCUGUACAACUGCAAGAGGACGGCCACCAUCAAGGCUGCCACUGACUGCAAAUUGUGGGCCAUCGACCGACAAUGCUUCCAGACCAUCAUGAUGAGGACAGGCUUGAUUCGCCAGGCCGAAUACACAGAUUUCCUGAAAAGUGUUCCUAUUUUCAAAAACUUGCCAGAAGACACGUUGAUCAAAAUAUCAGACGUUCUUGAAGAGACUUUUUACAAUGAAGGCGACUAUAUUGUGCGACAAGGCGCACGCGGCGACACAUUCUUUAUCAUCAGCAAGGGAAAGGUAAAAGUGACCAUCAAGCAGCAGGACACGACCCAAGAAAAGUACAUCCGCACCUUGCACAAAGGAGACUUUUUUGGAGAGAAAGCGUUGCAAGGAGAUGACUUGCGAACGGCUAAUAUUAUUGCGGACGAUGCCGAGGGCGUUUCUUGCUUGGUGAUCGAUCGGGAAACGUUCAACCAACUCAUCUCCACCCUGGACGAGAUCCGAACGCGCUACAAGGAUGAAGUCGUCGAAAGAAGAAGAAUCAAUGAAGAAUUCAAAGAAGUGCGUCUGCAAGACCUGCGCAUCAUCGCCACCUUGGGCGUCGGAGGUUUCGGCCGAGUUGAGCUCGUCCAAAUCAUGGGCGACCACAAUCGCUCCUUUGCCCUCAAGCAGAUGAAAAAGGCCCAGAUUGUGGAAACUCGGCAGCAGCAGCACAUAAUGUCCGAGAAGGAGAUCAUGGGCGAGGCCAACUGCGACUUCAUCGUCAAACUCUUCAAAACCUUCAAGGACCAGAAGUACUUGUACAUGCUGAUGGAGUCCUGUCUGGGCGGCGAGUUGUGGACAAUCCUGCGAGACCGAGGUCACUUUGACGACUCGACGACCCGAUUCUACACGGCCUGCGUGGUCGAAGCUUUCGACUACUUGCACAGCCGGAACAUCAUUUACCGAGACUUGAAGCCUGAAAAUUUGCUUCUGGACGUCAACGGCUACGUCAAACUUGUCGAUUUUGGUUUCGCAAAGAAACUCGUGCAUGGUCGUAAAACUUGGACAUUCUGCGGAACGCCGGAGUACGUGGCGCCUGAGGUGAUCCUGAACCGAGGUCACGACAUUAGCGCUGACUACUGGUCCUUGGGCGUCCUCAUGUUUGAGCUGCUCACCGGCACCCCUCCCUUCACUGGCGCUGACCCCAUGAAGACCUACAACAUCAUCCUCAAGGGCAUCGACGCCAUUGAAUUCCCUCGCAACAUCACCAGAAACGCCACAGCCCUCAUCAAAAAGCUUUGCCGAGACAAUCCAGCAGAAAGACUUGGGUACCAGAAAGGAGGAAUUAGCGAAAUUCAGAAACACAAGUGGUUUGAUGGCUUCAACUGGGAAGGUCUGCGCAUCCACACCCUCAUUCCCCCCAUUCUUCCUCAAGUCAAGAGCGAGAUUGACGUGUCCAACUUUGACGAGUACCCUCCGGACGCCGAGGGGGCGCCUCCUGACGACGUCUCUGGCUGGGACACGGACUUCUGAGCACUAAUAAUGCAUAAAAACUAAUACGUAGAAUGUAACUGGCUUGUACAUAAUUCUUAUAGGAGAGGCAGCAACUUAAGCUAGCUGAGAAAGAGAAAGAAAUUGCCGAAUGACAAACUUUAUUUGUCAACUUUUGUGAAGUAUGCGCUUUUUGCCGAAUGUGGUCUUCCAUCAGUGAUAUAUGCAAAUGAUUUGGUGAACGCCUUUAAAUGUCAAAGUCUAUUGUUGCCUUAGAAUGAGAUAGACUCAAAAUUUUUGAAAUUUUUACAGUUGUUUUGAUACUGUUCGGGGAACAUUUGAUGGAUUUGCUGAAUCUGAGGAAAACCAGCGUGUUUAAAUACCAGCUUGCCAAUAACUAACUUUCACUGUGCCUUAAAAUUAGUGCAUUGUUCAUAGUCAUAAUAAUUUAAUCUCUUUCCGUGUACACCAUGCUUACAUCUGAUUGUAUUUUUGUACCAACAUGAAAAUUGCGCCGAUUUUCUGGAAAACAAGCUUUAUCAAAUUCUGGUGGAAAUCUCCUUGUUGUUGAUUGUGAAGGAAGGUGCAGGGCACUGUAUUGUUUUUAUAAGAUUAUAUUUGAACACCAAAUGUUGAGACGUUUUACAAUGCAGAGUGGUUUAUAUCAAUGUUGAUUAAUAUUUUUACACACACACCAUUAACGGCGUAGACAAAGAAAUUCAACUUUGUUCCUCAGAAACUACAGCAAGAGUUUUUAAAUUAAAAAACUAAUAGCACAAUAAUUUCAUAGUUUGUUUAGAAUAUUGAGAAUAAGUUGGUAUGUUUUCAAGUGUGGACAGUUGCAGUGGAGUUUGGAAAAUUUUGCACAAAGUUUUACUCAAGCUGUCUGGAUAAGAUGAGAUAUUUUUUGUGAAAAUUGCAAUAUAUGAAAACUCUCCUCUGUGAUGAAAAGUGUGAGAAGCGAGAUUGCUGGCCCAAAAUUAAUAAAGUAAACGCAUGUGAAUUUUUAGUAUAUUUUUACAAACACUCUCUGGUCUGUUCCCUAACCUUUACUUUUACUCCUACUCAAGUUGCUUUACUUUUUUGCGCCUCUGUGAGGAUCGCCCGUCAACCCUUUUAUAACCCUGAAAUGUCAAUCAUCUGCUGAUUGUGUGAGUUUUCCGCGUGUGCAUUUUUAUGAGGGAAAAAACAUGAUUAUUACAAAAACAGGACUGCGUAAAUCCCAGUCCACUCAAGAAGGUGCAGUUAUUUUGCUGCAAAUUUAAAAUUGCGUUGUACAUUUUAAGAAAAUAUUUUCCACCAGAAGGACCAAGAGAAGAUAAAAAAAAAAAAUGAUAAUGCUUUGGUGUUUUGGUCGAAUUCUGUCUUCCACUUUAAUACGCGCCUUUUGUUCUCUAUCAAUGCUCUUAUACACACAAUCAACACACACACACACCAACAUUUAGUAAUAACGCGUAGUGAUGUAAUAACAUUUGGUUAAUUUAUUGUAAUGAGAAAUAAAUCUUUACUUGAUGACGACAAACGCUCGCAGAAUUAU